UGCUGAAGUGAUGCAGUAGUCGCCUAUCAGUGGGUGAAGGAGGGCAGCCUGCCGAGCAGUGGACUAGCUGAGACUGAAGGAGGACGGUUCGGAGUUCAAGAGUGCGGGACAGAAAUCGUCCGGCCGGUGAUAUCUUGGUGUACACGAGGACCGAUAAGCACGUCUUUGGGUACACGAGAGACUCAAAAUGCACCGAAUAACGGGGAGAGCUGGAGGGGACAGUUUAAUUGAGAUGAGCCCAACAGACUCUUUCAACGAUGAUGUAAAUGGAUACCACCAACAUCCCUCGUCCAGCACAGGAUCCUUCCAGCAGGAUCAAUCACCGUCUCCUUUAAUGCCUGAUGUGUGUGUAGAGACCUGUGAGUCUCUCAACACCAGCCUGGCCUCGCUGGCCCAGUCUGACCACAGCGACAGUCCACAGUUUGAGGCUCAGACUCUAGAGCGAAUCAAUGCUCUGACUGGGCUGUCGAGAAAGCGGGCUCUAUUCCUGAAGUUCCGUUCCAGGAUUGACAAACAACAACACAGCAAAGACUCUGUGUUCUUCCGUGACGGAGUGCGCAGGAUUGAUUUUGUCCUGUCCUAUGUCGACGAUAAAGAUGGUGAGAGAAAACAGGAGAGGAGGAAGGUGUAUGAGGCCAAUCUAAUGAAUGUCGGCCUGGAGCUGGAGACGGAAGAUAAAUCGGAGUCAGAAGAUGGGAAGACUUAUUUUGUGAAGAUCCACGCUCCAUGGGAAGUGUUGGCCACCUACGCAGACGUGCUGAAGAUCAAGGUCCCAUUCAAGGUCAACGACAUCCCAGACAACAGUGAGAUGCCCAUGAACUGGAUGUCCACUCCCUUUCGUCUGCCGGAGCACAUCAUGCACCCCGAGGCAGACUAUUUCACAGCUCCCUUCAACAAGAGCAAGUCUGACUUCUUCCUUAUCGACGACAAAGACACGUUCUUCCCGCCAUCUACUCGCAACAGGAUAGUCUACUACAUCCUGUCCCGCUGCUCGUACUUCAGGGAUGAAUGUGGAGAUAAAGACAAGAAGGGGAUCAAGAGGUUGCUCAAUAACAGCACCUACACUGCUGCCUUCCCCCUGCAUGAUUGUAGAUACUGGAAGAAAUCGAGGGAUGCUAACUGCGAAAGUGAGAGAUACAAUCUCCACAAACACUGGGCCAGAUUCUUCUGUUUCUUCAAGGAGCAGCCUCUCAAUCUCAUAAGGAAGUAUUAUGGGGAGAAGAUAGGUAUUUAUUUUGCCUGGCUGGGCUUCUACACUGAGAUGCUGUUGUUUGCUGCAAUAGUAGGGACAAUAUGUUUCAUCUAUGGAGUCCUCACCUACGACGAAAACCAGUGGAGUAAAGAAAUAUGUAGUGAGGAGGUCGGGGGGAAUAUUGUCAUGUGUCCGCUGUGUGACAGGAAAUGCGGCUACUGGAAACUCAACUCAACAUGCAACUCCUCGUGGCAAUCGCAUCUGUUUGACAACGUGGGAACGGUGUUUUUUGCCAUAUUUAUGGGGAUAUGGGUGACACUGUUCCUCGAGUUCUGGAAGAGGCGGCAGGCUCGUCUCGAGUACGAGUGGGAUCUGGUCGACUUUGAAGAGGAGCAGCAGCAGCUGCAGCUUCGGCCAGAGUAUGAGACCAAGUGCACCAACCGCAAGCUGAACCGCAUCACUCAGGAAACGGAGUGGGUUCUUAACAGGACCAUUACAGAUAUAAUGGGGAAGUUGUUGCUGUGCUGGGCCACCGUGACACUCUGGAUAUCAUUGAUCAUUGCCUGCAUCAUUGGGGUGAUAGCGUACCGCCUGGCGGUAUACGCAGCCUUUGCCAGCAUCAUGAAGGACAAUCCCACCACCAACCUGCAGGUGGUCGGCCCCUACAUCACGCCACAGCUGGCCACUUCUGUCACAGCCUCCUGCAUCAACUUUGUCAUCAUUAUGAUCCUCAACCUCAUGUAUGAGAGAGUGGCUGUUUGGAUCACUGACAUGGAAAUUCCCAAAACGCACCUGGAGUAUGAGAACAAACUGACGGUGAAGAUGUUCCUCUUCCAGUUUGUCAACUACUACUCCUCCUGCUUCUACGUGGCUUUCUUUAAGGGCAAAUUUGUCGGCUAUCCUGGAAAUUAUGUGUAUAUGUUUGGCAGCAAACUGAGGAAUGAAGAGUGUGACCCUGGUGGCUGUUUGAUUGAGUUGACCACGCAGCUGGUGAUAGUGAUGACUGGUAAACAGGUGUGGGGCAACAUCCAGGAGGCUCUGGUCCCAUGGCUGAUGAACUGGUGGGGCAGCAGGAAGGCACGAAACCACCCAGAGAGUCUGUACAGCCGUUGGGAGCAGGAUCACGACCUGCAGGGCUUUGGACAGCUGGGCCUCUUCUACGAGUACCUGGAAAUGGUGAUCCAGUUUGGUUUCAUCACGCUGUUCGUCGCCUCCUUCCCCCUGGCACCCUUGAUGGCACUUAUCAACAACAUCAUUGAGGUUAGAGUGGAUGCCUGGAAGCUCACCACUCAGUUCAGACGUCCUGUGGCAGCAAAGGCCCACAGCAUCGGGGCCUGGGAGGAAAUCCUCAACGGGAUGGCCGUACUCUCUGUGGUCACAAAUGCGUUCAUCGUGGCCUUCACCUCUGAUAUGAUCCCUCGGCUCGUGUACAUGUAUGCCUACCAGCCAUACGGUGAGAUGAAUAUGAAAGGCUACAUAAACAACAGCCUGUCUGUGUUUAAUAUCACUGCGAUACCAUUCGACAACAAGCCUGAUGAUGGGGAGAGCCCUUCCUGGUUCAACAGCUCCAUCACUUCCUGCAGGUAUCGUGAUUACCGCUACCCUUCCGGCCACGACAGGGAGUAUUCCCACACCAUGCAGUUCUGGCAUAUUCUGGCAGCAAAGCUUGCUUUCAUCAUUAUCAUGGAGCAUGUUGCGUUCCUGGUCAAGUUCUUUGUGGCCUGGAUGAUUCCCGAUGUUCCCUCUGACGUAAGGGCUCGAGUGAAGAGAGAGCGCUACCUGGUGCAGGAGUAUCUCCAUAACUAUGAAGUGGAGAAGCUGAAGAUCCAACUCAGCCAAAACCUCCCCGGUGAUUGUAACUGCACGCCCAUGAUCUACCCGUCUAUACCCAAACACGAGGUGCUGUCAGGGUGUCUCUAGCACAGCGAGCUGCUGGUCAAUCAGAUGGACAUGAUAUGAGAACACGGUGAUGUAGAUUACCCAGCUUGUGUAUUAUGAUACCAUCACUUUGCUGUAGUGCCUGUGUUGUUUGUCCGGUACACACACAGAAAACUAAUAUUAAAGAGCUCGAGGUUUCCAUCCCUCUUGUAAUAGUCUGCUGAUAGUGAAAGUGCACACAGGUGAAAGACCAAGUCUCCAUGCAUGCUGAAACACAUGUAUUUAAAACUCUGUCUCAUAUUUAAUGGCGUUUCACUCCCUGUGUUGUGAUCAAAGUGCUGAUAAUAAUCAACAUAUGCUGUAAGGAAAGAAAGAUGAAAAUCUUGUACACUGCGUCUCAGCCAGACAACUUACUCUUGUUUAAAAAAAGACUAUUUAUUGAAGUGCCACUAUGAGUAACCAAAGACUAAAUGCCUUAAUAUAUGACACUCAUCAUUGGUUCUAUCUGCCAUUAGAAUAACAAUGAAUAUCAUUUAGAAACUGAGAGCUUGCUUAUUAUGGGAGUGUUUCCCUUGUUCGUAUAUGUGCAGCUGUAUGAAGGGUUCCAGUAUCAUAAACUAAGUUUAAUUUCAACUCGAUUUUUAGUUUUGUUCUUACAGUUACUGCAACAAAUGUGACCCCUGUUUAUUCACAUUGAGUCAUCAUAACCCCAACACGAUUUUAUCAAAUGAUUUUCUUCUCUCUGGCAGUUAAUAGGCUUUAAUCUCAUAACAGCCCAGCAGUUUCUCCAGACUUAAACAUGUGAAGUAGCUUUCGAUGAAGACAAAUCUGUGCAGCUGUUAGUACUGUGAGUAAAGGCAGGGUUUGUCCUGUGAUAGCCAGUUGUUGAGCGGCAGCAGCUGGUGCAUGUUGACUGUUGACAGUGGGUCCUGUGCCUGGAGAUGAGAAGCGAAAAGCCCUGAGAGUGAAGAGAUCCCUUUUUAAUGUGCCUCUGUUUACCAACACGUCGGAGCUAAUGAAAGCCUGCCCCUACCUACUGAACUAUGUUUGCUCCAUCACACAAAGCACAUCAGCCAUCGCCCACUUCUUGUGCUUCUGUUUUCCUCUGCUGUGUCUGUGUAGAGAAGGAAAGAUACACGUUCUUUUUAUUUUUAUUUUGCACAAAGCACUUAAUGGAACGUGAUUACCAAGACUUAAACAUGUCAAUCUAAUUGUUGUCAUGACGCUACAUAUUCAUAAUCAGUGUUUUGAAGCGGCGAUGUGUGAUAAUCUGUGUUCAUUAAGUUGGAACAAGACUUUAUGUAAGAAGGAGUCUGAGUUUGAUAUUUAUAUUGUGCUUAAAUGAGAAGGAGAAAGAUGUAGUUUUUUUGUUUUGAAAUCAUAUGAAGGAUAAUUCACGUUUAUUUUUAGCUGCCUACAUAAAAAUAUAUGAUAAGUAUCUGUUGUUGAAGUUUUUAAAUGUUAAGAAAGGAAAUAGCUGACUGGCUGCGCUGCGAACUCAGGCAACUAAAUCUAUGUUUGUUUGAGAUGCAUGUAGAUGUGAUACAGCAACGUUGGACUGUUCCAGUUUGCCUUUCUCAUGUUCUGCGCUCAGCUAAACUAAUACCUGUUGAUGCCUUAAUACAUCUAAUACCUGUGUUUUCUAUUUUAUUUCCUUGUAUAUCUCUUUUCUUAGGUCUUCUUCGUGUUAUGCUCUAGUAAUAAUGUUCAUUUUAUACCGUUAUCAUUCUUGGGGGGGGGGGGGGGGGGGUGAACUGUAUGCUUAAAGUUACAAUUUCAUGUUUUUAUUCUUUUUAUUUCUUUAAUUGUUGUAAUUGCCCUGUAUCCAAAUGUGUAAACAAAGACAAAUCUCCAAAAUAAAGUACCAGUUCAACUUGAA